AUGACAGACGAUAAUUCAGAUAAUGUUGCAUUACAAGAUGUAGAUGAUUAUUAUUCGAGGUUAAGAUGGGAUAGUCAAUUCCAUUAUAUGGCCAAAUUACCUACACAUUUACAAGAAUCGAUUGAUAAAAAAUUAUCCACGAGUUUUCAGUGGGACCAAUCAUCGUUAGCAAAUACUGAUAGCGUAAUAAUAUAUCAGAAAUCAAAAAAUCUUAAGAAAUCCUUUGUAGUGGAUCAAAAUAAGAUAGACAAUCCAUUAGAAAGAUAUGAGACAUUAAUGUCACAAAAACCGCAAUGGCAUCAUCCGUGGAAACUGGCAAAGAUAAUAAAUGGACAUUUAGGUUGGGUACGAUGUAUAGCUAUGGAACCUAUUCAAAAUGAAUGGUUUGUCACAGGGAGUAACGAUACCACUUUAAAAGUUUGGGAUUUAGGUACUGGACAUUUGAAAUUAACACUUAGUGGACAUGUUAUGGCGGUAAGAGAUGUUUGUGUAUCUAAAAGACAUCCCUAUAUGUUUUCUGCAAGUGAUGAUAAAUUGGUUAAAUGUUGGGAUUUAGAGAAAAAUUCAGCUAUUAGAGAUUAUUAUGGGCAUUUAUCUGGGGUUCAUACUGUUGAUAUACAUCCAACAGUGGAUUUAAUUGCUACUGCAGGUAGGGAUAGUGUAGUUAAAUUAUGGGAUAUUAGAUCAAGGAAGGCUGUUGUGACGUUAGUUGGACAUAAGGCACCAGUACAAAAAGUUAAAUGUUUACCUGUAGAUCCACAAGUGAUUAGUUGUUCCAAUGAUGCAACUAUAAGGUUAUGGGAUAUUGUAGCAGGCAAGACUAUGAAAGUUAUCACACAUCAUAAGAAAACAGUGAGAUCGAUAGCUACUCAUCCCACAGAAUUUUCAAUGGUGUCUGCAUGUACUAAUGAUGUAAGGUCAUGGAAAUUACCCGAAGGUGAUCUUUUAACUAACUUUUUAUCAGAAUCUGUAGGAAUUAUUAAUACAUUAUCAGUUAAUGAAGAUAAUGUUUUGUUCGCUGGUGGAGAUAAUGGAGUAUUAUCUUUCUUUGAUUAUAGAUCAGGACAUUUAUAUCAAUCUAUACAUACAGUUAAAAUGACAGGUUCUUUAGAUAGUGAAAAAGGAAUUUUAACCAGUUGUUUCGAUCAAACAGGAUUAAGGUUGAUAACUGGUGAGGUAGAUAAGAGUAUUAAGAUAUGGAAACAAGAUGAAGAGGCAACACCUGAGACACAUCCAGGUAUACCAUGGAACCCAAUUUUGGCAUCACAACGAUUUUAA